AUGGCAGAAGCACUGCAGGACCUGUUGGGCCUCGGCAACGGGCAGAAACUGGAUGCCGCAACGGCGGAUUACAUCGCCUACCUGGCCGGACAGCCAGUCGACGCCCUGCGGACGACGGAGCGCCAGCAGCUGUCGCAGGCGUCCAACUCGGCCCUGCUCUCGAUCCAGGCGCUGUCCAAGAAGUCGUACAAGGCCGUCGUGGGCUCGGCCGACAGCCAUGCGUCUCUGCGCGAGUCCAUCCCCGCGCUGGCGGGCGACGCGCAGCAGCUGGGCCGCCUCAUCUCGAGCCUGGACUCGCAGGUCGAGCACUUCUCCGCCAGCGUCAGCAAGGCCGGCGACAGCAAGGCCAUUGCGCGCCGCAGGCAGGUGCUGAAGCUGCUGGACAACGCGGACCGCCUGACGGAUCUCAUGCAGGUGCCUGCUCUGCUGUCGUCCACCGCCAACAUCUCGCCGCUGGGCUUCUCCUCUACGCUGGACCUCUACGGCCACAUCCAGCGGCUCGGGGCCCUGUAUCCGGACUCGCAGCUCGUCUCGUACGUGCUGGGCGAGUCCGAGGCCUCUAUCCUGCGACUUGCCGCGGACCUCAUCAACUCCCUCAAGGCCCCGAAUCUGAAGCUGGCUGCUACGCUGCGCACGGUGGGGUGGCUCAAGCGUGCCAUCCCCGAUCUCAUCUCCUGGGCACCGGCGCAGGACAUGAUACCCGCCGUCUUCCUGAUAUGCCGCUUCAUCACGCUCGCAGCCACCCUGGAUGCGCUGGAGCCUCUCCGACUCCUGGCGGAAGAGGAGCGGCUCGGCCAGGGCAAGCCGGGACAGCCACGGUCCACCGGCCAGCACACGGAGCGGUUCCUGAAGCGCUUCAUCGAGGUGUUCCGCGAGCACAGCUUUGGCAUCGUGUCCAUGUCCAAGAGCGUGGACACCAACCUGGGCGGCGCAGCCCCCGACAGCCCCGACCUCGUCCAUCCCCUGCCGUCCGCGCUGUCCACGUUCCCCAUCCACCUCGUCGGCAUGCUGCUCGAGCCGCUCCGCCUCUACCUGCCCGCCGUCAAGGACAAGGUCGCCCGCGAAAGCAUCCUGACGCAGGUGCUCUACUGCGCCGGCAGCUUGGGCAGGCUAGGGGCUGACUUUGGCAUGCUGCUGGCCACGGUGGGCGUGAGCGAGUGGGUGGAUUUAGUUAAGCGGCAUAGGCUGCUGGCCGGGCGGCUGGAGUCGGUCAUCGGGGAUUACCGGUAA